AUGGGUGAUAAAUCUUUCGUGUGGACCUCUGAGCUUAAUAAAAAACUAUUUCAACUUAGAUUUGAAAAUGAUUGGCUGUUUAAGGCUAAAAAACAGCCCUGGAGUGAAUUUCACAAACUUCUACUGGAGAAUGGAUUUCCCCGAGAGAUGACUGUUGAUCAUGUUAGGAAGAAGUGGUCAUAUAAUUAUGAUAUGUACAAAAUUGCUAAAAAAACGAACAACAGAAGUUGGAAAUAUUUUAAAUUAUUUGAUAAACAUUUUGGAAAGAGUAAAAUUCUUGACAAAUAUGAGUCAUGGAAUGAUGAAUGGCGUCUCAAGUUAAUCAUAUGUAUAUCAGAAGCAAAAGAAAAUAACCUUGAUAUCUUGGCUAUGUGGAGGACUGUUGAAAGAGCUAUGAGAUCUCAGGAACUGCCCAGUGACUGCUGUAUACAAGACAUACAAGGCCUAUGGCAUCAUAUUAGAAUGACUUUCAAUAGGAAACAUCGCCAAAAACUGAGAAAAGGGUCCGAAGAAAGCGAUUGGCCGCUGUACGACGCUAUGAUGUGUUAUCUCAACAAGUUUGAUCCGGAAUACUUGACGAGAUUGGAAAACGAGCCAUCUAAUGUGUUUGCGAGUUGUUUUAGAGAUAAUCCCCGGUAUUUGAAGAACAAGAAUAGCAAGAACGAAAUUGAAAAAGAAUUUAUUUGGUCAAAAGACAUCACCGAAACAUUUAUACAAAUCAGACUGCAGCAUGACUUAUUGUUCAAACAGAAAAAAUGGGCUUGGAAUGAACUAUCAAAAAUAAUGAUUGAAGAGUAUAGUUUUCCAAAAACGUUGUCUCCGAGAGAGCUGGGGAGGAAAUGGGCAGCCACAUUUGCAGAAUAUCAGAAAGCUAAAGCAACAAAUAAUACGUCUUGGGUGUACCAUCACUUGUUUGAAGUAUAUCUGGGCGAAUCAACUUUAAGUUUAAAUCCACUCGCCGGGUGGCAAGAAGAAUGGGUGUUUAAUUUAAUUAGCUCAAGAACAGAUUUAGAACAGCUAUUUAAAACUGUUAAGGACCAGAAUCGUGGAUGGCGGGAAGUUGAGAAGAGGCUAAGAAGUAUAGGAUUGCCACUGGACCACAGUUUGUUGGAUUUGAAAGAAAUCUGGACACAUUUGCUGAAAACUUUUAGGUGGAAACAAAAAUUUGCGAACAAAGGUAUACUAAAUGAGCAGUGGCCAUAUUUUGAAGCAUUGAGUCGGUACGCCGAAGUGCGAGACAAACAUUCAAUGAAAGAGCAGAAGGAAGAAGAUUCUCACGAUCACUUUGAUGAUGGUACACAUGAUGACGAAUUCGAAGAUGACAUCAAACUCAUGGAUCUGAAGAAAAGGCUUCAGUUCGAUGUGGAACCGAAAUUUGAGUUCGAAAAUGGUGAGCAGUGUCGAUCUUGCUCGAGUUCAGAGGCGAGUGUCGAUAUAUUUGAACAAAGAGAUGAUGACGGUUUGGAUCUGGCACAUAAGUUAAAAAUUAUAGCAGGCAUUGAGGUUGAUAAGCUCGAUAACUUGCCAACACAAAUAUGUUUGAAUUGUCACGAACAGUUACAAAACGCAUAUAAAUUUAGACGGAAAUGUCAAGAUGUUGAUAAACAGUUCCGUUGUACUAAUAGAGAUAUAAAAAUCGAAGUUACAUCGAAACAUGAAGACGACAUCCACGACGAUACUAAAGACGAACAAGAUAUUCACGUAUCGGAUGACAUGCCAGACGUAUCUUAUGAACCAGAUUCUAGUGAGGUAGCUCAAAAAAAUGAACCUAAAGCCAAGAAUAAAAAAGUUAUGGUUAAGAGACAAAAAUCUAAAAAACUAAAAUACGACUAUUGGAAAAUUUGUGAACGGGUGUGGGCGCCGGCGCAGCUCUACAAAGUUCAUCGUCAGUUCGUAGCGGGCAGCGCGCGCGGACACAGUGCCGACUGGCUAAUCUCGCACAUAUUUAGACUCAUCUUCGGUCACGUUUCGGUGCAACACUAA